UCCUCCACACUCACAGUUGACCUCCAAAAGAAUUUCUCAUUGAUUCCAAUGGCCUCCCCUCAUAUUACUCCGCUACUUCUCCUUGCUAUCUCCUCUCUUUGCUUGCCUCCAUCAUCCUCAGCCCACGCUUCUAAAGUCACUCUCUCACUAUACUAUGAAACCCUAUGCCCCUACUGCUCAAACUUUAUGGUGAAUUAUUUGCCAAAGAUUUUCGAAAAAGGAUUGAGUUCGAUUGUGGAUAUUGAGCUCGUGCCGUACGGGAACGCUCGGGUCGGGUCGAACGGGUCCAUAGCCUGCCAGCAUGGUGCAUACGAGUGCUUACUAAAUACCGUGGAAGCUUGUGCCAUUGCUACUUGGCCUAAUGUGCAAGAACAUUUCAAAUUCAUUUUUUGCGUAGAGCAAUUGGUUUAUGUGCACAAAUACACCGAUUGGGAGUCUUGUUUUCAAACUACCGUCGCCGAUUCGCGAGCUGUCGUCGACUGCUACAACAGCGGAUAUGGGCAAAAGGCCGUCAUGUCUCGCGCCUCGAGAGGUCGUUCC